AUGAAAGUGUUGAACUUGGUGCAAGAAUUUGAGAGAAUGCAAAUGAAGGAUUCUGAGUCCAUUAAAGAGUACUCAGAUAAGUUGAUUGGGAUUGCUAACAAGGAAAGAGCAUUAGGAACCAAUUUAUCUGACAAUAGAUUGGUUCACAAGAUUCUAGUUUUAGUACCUGAGAGAUAUGAAGCAACCAUUGCUUCCUUAGAAAAUACUAAAGACCUCUCAACACUCAAUGUGAUAGAAGUGGUUAGUGCUUUACAAGCACAAGAACAGAGGAGGUUGAUGAGACAAGAAGGAAGCAUUGAAGGGGCAUUGAAAGCUAGAGUGCAGCAAGGAGAAGGUGGAAGAGAGAAGAAAGGGAAAGGGAAAAAGGGAAGUGGCAACAGUAGCUCAGAGUUUGCUACAAAGGAUGCUGGUAGUACAUGCAAGCACUGUGGGAAGCAAAAUCAUCCACAUUUUAGAUGCUGGAGAAGGCCAAAUGAAGUGUAG